GUGUGAAAACGACGACAACGUCCUGUGAGAGCGUCCUGUGUGACUUACGAUCUCACGUUGAACAAAAACGGAUUUAUUAACUAUAUUUGUACGCAAAAGUGUCCAGCAAUGAUCCCAAUCGGCUUAAAGCUGAGCGUGGCCCUCGUGCUUCUCUUCGGCCUCGCGCGCCACCACAUUGCGGGCCUCUGCAGAGUGGAGCACUGCACCAACAGCACGAACUGCCUUCUGUCCGCAGACCGGAGGAGGUGCAAAUGUGCCAGCGGAUAUUAUGCGGACCAAUGUGACAAAAAUGCAGACAUCAAAGUAAUGUGCGGCAAAGACUUCAUGGCGAUCCGAGCGAAAGAAGAUUACUUCCAGUAUCACAAUGUGCCGCUGGAGUCCCUGCACUUGCCCAACAAAUCUUGCCGUCCUCAGAGGACGGUCAUCAACGGUGUGCCGUAUUACAUGGCCAAGAUAUCUAAAGACGAAUAUCAAGUCUGCGGAGGCAAGCCGCUGAUGAGAAAAAAUCACAUCGCCUAUUCCCUGAGUAUACAAUCGAACCCUCAGGUUAGAGGAAACAUCAUCAGAAAUCCAGUCAUUAAGAUGGACUUCACGUGCGUCUAUCCAUCCAUCAGAACAGUCAGCCUGCCUUUCCCAGUCAUCCACUUUUCCAGUGAGAUGGUGAUGCACGUAGAUGAACUUGAUGCCAAGAUCCAGAUGAUGUUGUACACAGACCAGUCUUAUUCUGAGGCCUACACGAGUUCCCCCACCAUUGAACUUCGAGACAAGGUAUAUGUGGAGGUGGCUGUCACCGAGCCUGCAGAUUUCUUCCUGCUCAGAGUUGAGAAGUGCUGGGCCACGCAGUCUCCCCAGCCCAACACCACCGAGGGAUUGGUCUACACUCUGCUCCUGAACGGGUGUGUGAGUGACGAAACGGUCUCCUUUCUUAACGUGAGCGCCGGACAGUCUGGCCGUAACGGAGAAAGUUCCAUCAUUCGCUACAGCUUCGACAUGUUCCGCUUCAUGACGGAACCUCACGACCUCUAUCUGCACUGCACGGUGGAGCUGUGCGUGCCCGAAGACCACAUGUCCUGCACACCCAACUGUAAUUCAAUCAGUAAGAGAGAAGCGGUGCAAGCAGACCCCUCUCUGGGCCUCCUAUCGUAUGGACCCAUCAGGAUUGAAAUGCCAGAGAGACCUCAAUUCAGCAUACUGCUGCCCGUAGCAGGUGUCUGGACUGUGGGCUUCUUCCUCAUCAUCCUCAUCACUGUGGUCAAGGCAGGCAGCAAGAGGCUCGCACGGCAAGAGGAGCACUGA